AGAGGGUCUCAGUUCAGAAAGGACGGGAAGAGCUGUAAGGCUUUCAGUUUCAUCGUCCCCAACAGAUCGAGAUCUCGGCAUCUGAGACACAUCAGCUCAGUAACAGUCCGCUCUGGUUCUAUCAAAGCGUUCAGUAGUCAAAGGAUGCUGAAUUUUAGAUUCCGUUAUUCUUAAGAAAAAAAAGUAGACCCCAAACUAACGAUAAGGAAGUUUAAGUUUUUUAAAACUCGAUAGAUAAGCAGAUAAAGGGAAAAAAAAAACCCAAAACGAUGGCAAGAAAGUUCCGUUUAAAAUAAAUGCAUGAGGAACUUUCAUCUGCAGCCCAUUUUCAUUUGUAUAGGAAGUAAAGUAAAAAAUACAUAUAUCUAUAUUAUUUCAUCUUUGUGCCGAACUUCACGUUAAAGUUUAGAGCAAAUUAAGAUUUAUAGGAUGGAUUUACAGAAGAUGAAUGAGGCAGCAGCUUUGCUGGAAUGCAUGAAGGUACAAAGCAUCCCAUCUACUAACUACACCACGAAUUUUACAUUGGACAUGAAUAAUACCUGUGGAAACAGCACAGUAAUUCCAAAACAGACACCUCAACGGCCGAAAGACUUGGACUACUCUGUGAGAAUUCUGCUGUACUCUGUGAUUUUCCUGCUCAGUGUUUUUGGCAACACGUUAAUCAUCAUUGUGCUGAUUGUGAACAAACGCAUGCGCACAGUCACCAACUCCUUCCUACUCUCCCUGGCUGUCAGUGACCUGAUGGUGGCUCUUUUCUGCAUGCCCUUCACCCUCAUUCCCAACCUACUGGAAGACUUCAUCUUUGGGGCCGCCAUGUGCAGAAUUGUUGCCUACCUCAUGGGAAUCUCAGUGAGCGUCUCUACCUUUAGUCUGGUGGCGAUAGCAAUAGAGAGAUACAGUGCUAUCUGCAACCCUCUCAAAUCCAGAGCUUGGCAGACCCGGUCCCAUGCCUACCGCGUCAUUGCCGCCACCUGGAUCCUGUCCUUCAUUAUCAUGAUCCCUUACCCAAUCUUCAGCAUCCUUAUUAUGUACACUAAGGCAAACAAAACCCAGGCACACAAAUGUCGUCUCAUUUGGCCGAAAGAUGAGGUGCAGCAGGCUUGGUACCUCUUACUGUUGUUUAUUCUUUUCUUUAUUCCGGGGAUUGUGAUGAUUAUUGCCUAUGGACUCAUUUCGAGGGAGCUCUACCGUGGAAUACAGUUUGAACUUGGCCAGAAAAAGGAAGCAAAUGCACAAAAGAAUGGUCUGAAUGGUCUUGGAAGUGCCUCUCCCAGUUGUGAUGAGGGGGACGGCUGUUACAUCCAGGUGUCAAAACGCCCCAACACAAUGGAGAUGUCCACUCUGACGCCUUGUGGUGGGACAAAGCUGGACCGCCCACGUAGCAAUACCUCAGAAGCCAAGCUAAUGGCCAAGAAGCGCGUCAUUCGCAUGCUGAUCGUCAUCGUGGCCAUGUUUUUUGUCUGCUGGAUGCCACUCUACUCAGUCAAUACAUGGAAGGCCUUUGAUCAUCAAUCAGCUAGCAACGCGCUUUCAGGAGCGCCCAUUUCUUUUAUCCACUUGCUGAGCUACACCUCAGCUUGCGUCAACCCCAUCAUCUACUGCUUCAUGAACAAGCGUUUCCGCAAAGCCUUUUUAGCUACUUUUGCUUGCUGCUGGAAGCCCUGUAGGCGACUGAGAGAGUCCGAAGAUGACAUAGUAGCUACUGGAGCCUCACUUUCCAAGUUUAGUUAUACAACUGUCAGUACCCUGGGCCCCUCCUGAUCUGAGAGACUCCAGUUUACCACAUCAAGAGGGAUACUAGCAGUAUUCCAUCCUUAUUUAUUGGAUUUUUCUUGAUUUGCUUUCACCUCUUUUUCCAUUGACAUGUUGUUGUUGUGCAUGUUUAAAUUUUUGAUUUUAUGUCACUGUACUUGUUGUCAUGCCCUGAUUAACUGGGGACAGUUGUUGGUGCAUUAAUCUUUAAAUCUGUGAGGAUUUUAAGAAGAACAAAAAUGACCUCACUUGCAUUUUAACUGACCAGGUAGAAAACCAGUAGGACAGGUUGUUUUCAUAGACAAACUGAAUGAGUAUUACAUUUCCCCCCUUUUAGCUGUAGGCCGUUAAAUAUCCUGAUCUUCAACAUUGGAAUUAAAAAAUCCAGAACUAAGCAAAGGGAUACAUGAUAGAAUUAAUUUCAAGCUAAUAAAUGUCAAAUUAUCACUAGAGAAAAUGUAUUCAAAUUUUACAGUAGGUCUGAGCUGCAAAAAUCUAUCGGUUAAACUCGAGACAUGUGGUUAUAUGCCUGGUUUGUAAACAACUCCCCAGUAUGUGCCCACUUUCCUCACUUGCAGUAAUUUAAAAGAAAUUAGUUUACUUUCCUUUUUUACAUUUAUCUCAAGUGGGUAUUGGAGGAGUGGCAGGUGACAGAAUCUCUGAUUUUUCUCUAAUUCCUUUCUAGUUCUGGCUACAAAUGGUACAGCAUUGUUGCAUUCUAAUGUCUUCAUGACCAAUUAUUAUUUCGUACAUUUAUUAAUGUUGGGAUCACGGAGGUAAGCUGUAUUAAAUUAUUCCACCCUCAGCUUCAGACGAGUACAACACUGUCAAUUUGUAGUACUUCGAUUUCCUCAUGCUUUUAUAUUUCUUUUGAUGCACUGCUAAUCAGUGAAACUAUGAUACGUUGUCUAGGAAAGGGCCCUUUCCUUGUUUCUUCAGUUUUCCUUUGUCUUCAAUGGUUAAAAAUGGGCUAUUGUUGAUGAAACUAAUAACUGAUGUCAGCAUUUACACUUUUUUAAAAUGAGAAGCAUUGUCCUGUAUUACACUCCACUUAUAAAUUAAACUGCAUUUUGUUACAGAGAGUUUGUAACAGAAAACAUUUUGAUCCAUAACUGAAGGCUACAAAAGAGUGUCAAUUAUUUUAAAACUUAGAAUGAUAGUGAAUAUUGUGAGUUUAAUUGAUUCGCAGUUCCAAUUUUUGUCUGACAUUAUAGUUUGUAAAUAAAUAUUUCUGAUUAAUUGAAGUCACUGAACCACAAACUUUGAAAAUGUGAAAUAAUUCUAAAUUGCAUCACUAAACUGUAGCCUCAGAAAAAACAUGAACUUAUUGCUGUUGUUUUUGUAAAACAAAUAAUUUGUUUGUGGAACAAAUUAAUUAAUGUUUAGAAUAAAAUUAAAAAAACAGAAGUUAGAAGUACUAUAGCAAAGAAGCAUAAAACAGUGUUCUAGUUAUCAAUAAAAACAAAAGCUUUUUUGUAAUUUCUGUAUAAUUGUUAGUGAAACAAUUGAAAGUAUGGGAGUUCAAUGUGAACUUCAGUAAUAGGAAAAACAUGCAAAAUAUUUUCAGUUUUAAAGUAUUAUUCUAGUGCUUAAAAAUCAUUUUCUUUAUAGUUGAAUAGCAUUAUCUACUUGUUGUUGUACAGAUACAGUGCUAAACACAGGUAUCCUUGUGUUUUAAUACCAAUUGUAUUUUUUUCCUACUUUUAUCAAUGUAUUAGUAUGUAAAAUAUGAAAUAAAGUCUCCCAGGAAAGCAAUAGCAUAUUGUUUAAAUGUAAAAAUAAUGCUUACUAAUUUGAAGAGUCUUGGUUAAAGAACAUUGAGAAUUUAUUUAGUUUCCAUGAGUGUUAAAAUCGGUCAGAAAGUCAGAAAAAAAAACAACGGUUUUCAUUCAUAUAUGGUUUUUAGUGGAGAAUUGAAUCUGUAAAUUGGGCAUUCCAAAGAUAAAUGAUAUCAUCAUACUGGUACUGUGUCAACAAAAUGAAAAGUGCCAUAUGUUUAAUGUGAGAAGGUAUGUUUUUUUUUAGAAUAAUUAUUUUCACAUACAGAACAUUCAUUAAAGAAGAAAGAAAAUGCAUUUAUGUACAGCAAAACAAGAAAGCCCCCAAAUCAUCAGGUGUCCAAAUCUCUUAUAUUUAUUUCAAUAUUUGUACAUAUAUUUUUUUAAUUAUAUACCUCAGAACAAGGUAUGAAGAAAUUAAAUUCAAAAGCAUAAUUCCCUCCUUCCCUUUCAAAUUCUAUAGAUAACACAGAAGCCUUAGUAAUCUAUAUGUUGCAUAGAUUUUCCCAACUUUUUCAUGAUUUUCUAAAAAUCUAUAUUCACAAUUUUAAAAUAAAAGUUUGAAGAAAUGUUUCCAUUUAGUUUGGAGAAAAAAAGAGUGUUGAUGUCUUUUUCAGUGAAUGCCGAACCCAUUUCCUCCAAAUUUAAGUGUACAUGUUCUCUUCCCCGUUGAAGGUCAUAAAAUACAAAUGUCAAAACUGAUGUGUUUAUCUGAACUGAUAAAUAGUAAUUUUAACUAACAACCAUAAAUUGAGAAAUCUUCAGUUUGAUUUUAUUUGCCUUUUUAUUUAAAAAGACGUUUUAAAACACAGUGUAAAACGAGCCGGUAAUGUUGGCUCAAGAUAUGUAUGUAUUAAAAUCAACACAGAUUAUAUUAUUUUCAUGACAGUGACUAGACACUUUUGAUCAAGAAGCAUAUUUUGAUGCUGUCUUCUAAGUUUUGAGGGUAAAUUACUUUAUACCUUUGGCUGCACACUGAUAUUGGUUUCCCAACACUUAUUAUUACUUUUUUUCUUUUCCACAUUUACUUCAACUUCUCUUAUGAUAUCACCACCAUUGCAGGAGUCUGAUAUGUAUUAAUCAAAAGAUCAACAUUAAUUUUAGUGCAAUAUAAAAAGCCUCACCACCAAUGUACACACGUAACUGAUUUGUGCACAAAAGAGAACAUUUCUACUGCUUUAUUUGUGCCAGCUAAUGAUAAAAUCCAGGAGGAUUAUUUUCUGGCUAUUAAUAUACUAAACAUUUAUAUUUAAAAUGAGAUUUUAAAGUGAUUAUACAAACUGUAUAUUAGUUUUAUGUUUGAAUAUUUAUUUUAUGUUUGAAAAUGUUUAUCUAGUCUGAAAACACCAAAUGAGGGACUAGUGGCCAGCAUAAAUUUGUUCAUCUUCCUUCACUGGGAUACCUACAGUACAUUACCAAUAUCCUUACAUCCCUGAACAGCCAGCCAGCUCUACUUUACAAAUGCUCUAUGCAUUUUGAUGUUUAAAGGCACACCAGUGUGCUCACAUUUAAUAGGGAAGCCGUGUGUCUGCGAUCAUUUGGAGAAGAUUUGAUUCGUCUAAUAUGUUGAUUAAAACAGACUAAAACUUGUUACUGUCUAUACAGUACAGUAAAUAUCUUUUAACACUUCUUCUAAUUUAUACGAUAAUAGAAUAUUGUGUAAAAAAGAAUGACAAUAUAACACUUAUUAAUAUACAAUCUUUUUAAAUUACAAUAAAAGAGCCUUGGCAGUAAAGAAUCAUAUCUGAGCCACUGUUUAGAUCUUGGGAAGAAAUUCACAGUAAACCCUUUGAAAUAAGUAAAAAAGAUUUGCCUUCUUUUCAAAGAAAGUAAUGGAUUUCAUAUGCAAAUACAUUUUAUUAAUUUAUCACUCCAUAGACAGUCUAAACACAUAUUUCUUCUCUGAUUGUACAGUUAUAAUUUUGUUUUUUCCAUAGAACUUACGAUAUAAAUCUUACAAUUUCUUCUAUCAUACUGUAUAUAUACUUAUGUCUAUUAAGGAAUGCAUAUAUUCCUAAUUGGUGGGUAAAGUUAAAAUUCAGACUACACGGAUAUACCUUUUAUCCUGACCCUUGGUCAUUUUUUAGGAUAAGUAGAUAUUAAUGGUUUAAGAUUUAUUAUACUGCACAUCACUACCUUACCCAUCGUGAUUGGGUCUCUUCCUGAUUCUAUUAGCGUGCUCAUAUAAAGAAAUAAUUAUUGCUUUGCUGGCAGUAUGAACAUCUCUUCAAUGUUGCUUCUAUUGCAAAAAGUAACCCCCAUAAAUUAUGUAGCAGCAGUUUUCAGAACUAGAAACCAUUUAUCAGAAACAAAGCCUUUGUUCUAAUGAAAUAUGGAUUAUGUCCAUUUUUGGAAACUACAUUAAAAUUUGAAGAUAAAAGACCAUUAAAUAUUAUAUGUAUAUUCAACCUCUCUAAUGGACACAUGCAAAAAUGUUGACAGAAGCUGUUACUGCUAUGUUCUUAUAAUCAAAAUCAUUCACAGGAAAAUCCCGCAGAGUUGUCAUGACAUGAUUGACCAGUCACCACUACAAAUAUGGUACACAAUGGUACUUCUUCCCUUGAUUUUUAUAUCAUUUAAAACGUUUUUAAAAAUCCACUUUCUCUUAAAUUAGAGGUGUGUAUCAUUAUAUACUGUAUCAGAGCUAAGAACUCUAGAAACCUAUGACAAGAAGCUUAGCAUUUUUUGAUAGGAAAGACUGAUUUGUUCCCAUUUAUGUGCUGUCUAAAUAUUUCACGUGUACUUAACAUGUGAAUGUGUAAUACCGCACUGGUAGAGCACAGAAGCAAAAAAAGUUUUUUUCAAGUGUGUUGGCAUCCUUCAUAUCUAACAUAAUUUUUUAAUCAGAUGUUUUGCACAUAUUUCUUUUGAAAUGAAUUAUUUUGCAGCCCUGUCAGCAGCAAACAACAAAAUUACAACAGAAAGACACUAACAUUUGGAAUUGGUUUCACAAUUUACUUUGAAAGAAUGAUGAUUAAAAACAAAGAUAAGGAAAUUUUGGUUUCGUCAAGGGCAUGCUGUAAAUCUCAAGUUACAUUAUUUCAAAUUAUCUCUGAUGUAGUCAGUAUAGAUGAAAUUUGUAAGAACAAUCUGAAGUCAGCUGGCAUUGAAGUCCACAGGAAAUCUGUCGAGAGUUAGUUUUUUCUGGGGAAUGACUAGAUUGCCAUAUGUAAAUACCACUCAGCCACUGUUUAACAACCACUUACUGUUGCAAGCUUCUGAAUCCAGAUGACAUUUGCAAACCAUUUAUAUUUGUUUGGGACUGAACUGUUUUUAUUUUCUGAUUCUUUUGGGAAUUUAUCUCAGUACUGCUACUCACAUGUUAGUAAUAUGCAAAUAUUAAAAUUAGUAGAAAGGGUUUUAAGUGAAAACACUUAGCUGAUUUGGUCUAAAACUUAUCUAAAUUUAUACUUUUGGAAUAUACAGAAAAUGCAACAACUCCUUCUGCCUCAUACAAGUAACUGCAUUCUCUGAGGGAGGAAAUAACUUUUAUUCGGUUUUUAUCCAUUUCAUUCAUGGAGUCAUUGAUUAAUUGUUGUUUUAUUCUUAUAUCUGGAGCUGCAAAUUAUUAGUCAGCUUGGCAGACUGCCACAGCUGUAUAAACAGCACAGGAGAAACAAUGUGCAAUUACCCACUGAAAUAUAUAGUGUUGAGCUACAGUAUCUGUCUCUUUUCAACUUUACCUGAUAACAAGGUGCCCAACAAGUUACAGUCUGCUGCUACAUGGUGUGCCGAUGAUAUCCUAACUAUAUACUUUCCCAGUGUUGCCAUUUUGCUUAAUCACAGAGAUAGUUGUUAUUAACAUAGCCCAUACAUUAUGCAAAGUUAAAAUUUCUUCAUUAGAGGACCUUUGACGUGCUCUAAAUAGACCAUUAGUCAUUGAAUCAUUUGGAAAUACCUACUGUAUUAGUUAUAUGCCAGACUAUAGUUUGUUUGUAAAACUGAGAAUAGAGCUGCCUAUCUUGUGUGAACCAGAUUAGAUUGGCGAUUUGACAAGCAGUUACAUUUUGGUCAUUGCACUGAAAUCCAAGCAAAGACGUGAGGAAAAAAUGCAGUUGCUUGAAUACCUUAUUACUAACUUGUUAUUAUUACUAACAGUAGCCAUGAUGAUAAACACAAAUAAUGUUGCUUUCUCAAUGAUCUCCAUUGGCAGAAAUGAUGCAUUUGUUAACAUAAGUGUUUCUGACACCAGAGUCUUUGUAUGAAUCUGCUACAGGUCUUUUGGCACUGUUACAGGAAGUGUCUCUCUUUGCUUGCACAGCACAUUAAAGUUGGCAAUGUAACCGGAUCAGGAGCAGUGAAGUGAAUAAAAAAGGCUGGGCUAUGGCGCCAGAAUGUCACAAUGCACAACGCGCUGCUUUGACCUUCAUAUGCAUUAAGGUUACAGAAAUCAUGUCUCAUUACAACAAAAAGGAAAAUGUGAAACAGUUAAAAAAGCGGGACACUUAAAUGAAAGGAAAACAUUAAUGGGAAGGUCUGGUGUCUGCUCUUAGUCUAGGAUCUAUUUCCCUUUAGUUACUGAUCUUCUUUUACACAGACUUUUCCUAUUCCUUUCUUUGUGAAGACAUCCAAAAAGCACUUCGUUUUUCAUUGCAGUUGAAAAUUAAACAAAAUAUUGCUAGCACUUUCAGAUUUCAAAGGAUUCUACUUGUUUUAUGACCUUUCUGACAUGUGUUAUUUGUCAGGAGUUCCUAUGCUUGUGUUGGCACUUUCUCUUGACCGCACGUUAUUAAGACACAUGCACGCACACAAAAAAAAACUACAUUAAAUUAAAUUGUAAAUAGCAUCCAUUAAAAAUAAUGUGAUUUUAUUGAAAUUUGUAAAUGAAAUGUAGUUAGAAUUGUUUUCUGCACAUGAAAAAGUUACUUCUUUUAAGUGAAUUUACUAUUUUCGUAGUAUAUACAGUGUAUAUAUAUCAUGCCACAACGCCAGAUUACAGAAGCUGAAAGCUAUUGAACAAUAUUUUUGUCAAUACCGGCUCACCUUGUUGAGAAAGUUGGUGAUGUAAUGAAUUAUCCUGGUAUGAUAAGUUGAUAUACUAUAAAUAAGUCUAUUAUUGUUUUCAAUGUAAAGUUGGAUUUUGUUUUGUUUUUUAAUAUUCUCAGCCGUUUGUUGCACUUACAGAAUUAGACUCAUUCAAAAAUAUGUAAUUUUUAUCGUUUCCCUUCUUGGUGCAAAUAUUAAAAACAUAUAAUUUAAAUCCAUAUUCUUUUUUAAUAGUCAACAAUAUCUGUCACGUGCAAGUACAGUAUAUGAAUUUUGUCAAAAUUGAAACUUUCCACUGUUUUGUAAAUAUUUCUAAAUUAUACUGUCUUCUGACAGGAAGAUUUAAUUUUAUUGCAACAUAAUCUUGUCAAAUAUAAAGAGUGCUAUAUAAACAGUAGAUAUUCUAGAAAACACAUUUGUGUAUUGUAGCUUUGAUUGUGCACGUAAAAGUGAUCAUUAAGAAAAAGAUGAGCAGAAAAAUUAAAUGAAGAACGCUCUUGGGAUGUGAUCAGGAGUAAAAAAUUUUUUAGCAUAAUUUAGGCACAUAAACUGUGAUGCUGCAUGAAGAUAUUACUCAUUAUUUUCAAAGAUACAAAGUGUGUUUUAUAUACAGUAAGAAGAAAAAGAGGUCAUUUCCAGAGACUGCAUUGUAUCCCAUAUAAAAAGGAUAAAAGAAGAAAUGUUUACUCUGUUUAAUGACACACUUCAUAUCGUAUGGUUUCGUUUUACAUACAAUGCAAACUUCAAACUUCAGGACUGGUCAUACAGUACUCAUUCUCAGUAUUCAUUGACCUAGAAAUUGACAUGGAAAAAGUACACUGUAGUAACUACUGAGGUAUUUUCUCAUGUGUUUAUUAAAAGAGCAAUGAGUGUGAGGUUUUAAUAUUAGGUUUAAAACUUUGGGUUAGGGUGCUAACAAGUUAAAUCAUAUCCAUGAACCUGAUUGUAUUGUGAUUGUGGUUCAGAACUUCUUACUGGGAAUACAUUUUCAUCUCUACCAUUCACUUCCUACUAACCGAUGAAGACAGGACAAUACUUACGUGUCUUUAGAAGCUAUGUGUUAAUAUCUGAAAUGAGUACAGUGAUGUCAUCAGAUGUUGCUCUGAUUUCAAAAUACUGCAUCUGGAAAAGGAACUACAUUACAGACAAAUACCUAUUAUAGUCAUAAGCAUUUUAUGUACUGUAGUUUGACUAUAUAGAUAAUCUAAAUAAAAUAAACUGAGUCACAUCAAAUAAUCUCUAAUACUAUACAUACAUGAAUAAUAUCAUAAUAUUUGUGAUUGUUGUUUUUUUUCCUAUUGUUUUCUGAUACUGUAUUUAUACCAGAGAAAGUGAAAUAGUCCUGGAAUAUAUGCAAAAACUUUGUACACUGAGUGCUAGUAACAUCUGUUUCCUUAUAAAAAAUAAAUGAAAAACGAGAAUAUCUUUCAUGGGAAUAUGUAGGUAGGAAAAUAUUAUGACACUUAAUGCAAUAUCAAACCAUGAUAGUGAACCAUGAUUAAUUUUGAGCUUGCAUUGCAUUAAAAGUGAAUUUAUUUUUAAAAGUACUGGGCUAAUUCCCAGUUGCAUUAUGCUAUAAUUUUAAAAGUGAAGAUCUGCAUCUGUCAUCUUUUAAUAAUCAGUCAGUUUUUAAGCAUUACCUGAAUAUACCCAUAUCUGCAACUUUUCAUACAGUGGAUUCACUUACAAUAUUUGUGUUAUGUUCCAUUUCUGUUUCAACCUGUGUGAAUUUUACGUAAUGAAUCCUGUGAAGUCUAUAUAUGGUCAACUAUCCGAUUUUUUCGUAGAAUUUAUAGAAGAUUUGUGUUUUAGAAAUGUAUACAGAUGGUCAAUAUACUAUACAGUACAGUAUACUUGUUAACAUUCCUGUUUCCACAGGAAAAACAACAACCUUUUACGUCUUAUGCAUGCUUCUGCCUAAAGUUGUAGUGUGACUAUAUAGUUCUGCAGUAUUAGGUUACUGAAUUAAUCAUCAUCAUCAUCAUCAUCUUUGUAAAGCUUGUAUUUUCCGAAACAGGAAUAUUUUGCUUUUGUAAUUAUGGUGUCCGAUAUUUCUGAAUAUUGUGAUGUAGUUGAAAUCAAGCACUACACAUUUUACAGAUUCAAAUCAAGGUAAUGUUUCAGGUCCUUUGAUUUGAAAGAUGCUAUUUGGCCGCACAACCCAUAAUCUGAGUCAGUUUGGGAAGAUUAUCUGUUUUUACAUCUCAGAAUACUGAUUACAUUUUAAAAAAAUGAAAAAAGGCUACAGUAAGUUCACAUUUUUUAUCCUGUGGUAAACAGGUCCUCGAUUUUCAUUUCUUUUUUCAUUACAGUAUUUUUGUCACCUAUAAAUAUAUGAACAACAAGAAGAUGUUUCAUAAAAUGAAAAAUCAUUUGAUUAGACUUUUCUACCCACAAUAAAUAUAAAUACAUAGAUAAAUGUCAAUCUUAAAUAUCAAUCUAUACAUACAGUAUAUGCUAUAAAGAUAUUCAAAGAGGUAAUAUGAAAGAGUAAUUGAACAAAUUGAACAAAAAGUCUACUAAAAAAAGUGAGACUUAAUCAGUGGGGGUGACUUUCAGCACAGCAUGCUGUUUACAGUAUGUCUUUCUUCAUUUCAAUUCAAUUAUGGCACCCAAAAUAAGUAAACUCCUUGUAAUAAGAGUGAUUCAGUAAUACUUAUCUAUAGAAUGAACUGUACAUCAGGUAGAUUUAACUAAUGUCAUAUGUUUGUGUUUUUAUCCACUGUUCGUACAGUGUAUUGUUAACAAGGAGCUUGUUACUGCUUUUGUAACACAUCGAGUAUAUACUGUAUGUUGAUAUGUUCAGUAGUGGAUGUUAAAUGAGCCAUGUGCAAUGUUGUAAGCCUGAAGCAAAAUAAAGUGUUUUAUCAUC